AUGAGCACUUGGGCAGCGAGAAUGCAUAGGCGUGCGGCCACCUUUAGCAACGUAGUGACGUCCUGCGGACACCCGUCCGGCCCCUAUCCGAGACGGCUGGAGAAAGUCAAGUUUGGGGUACCGUUGGAGGAAGUUUGCAAAAGCGACAUUCCUGGACCUUUGCUGGUGUUAAUAUUGAAGUUAAACAAAGAGGCCCCAUAUCGAAAAGAUGUGUUCAGGGCGCCAGGCCAUCAGGGCGCAAUGAAAAAACUGAUUCAUUUCCUGCAAACCGGCCGUUUGGUGAACAUGGACAACUUCAGCGUGUACACGAUCGCCAGCGUGCUGAAGAAGUUUCUUCGGAAAGUACCGGGCGGCAUCUUCGGCAGGGACAUUGAGCAACGAUUUUUCGAAAUUUUCGAAAAUACAGCCGACGACCAGAAUUCCCCACGGGACGAGAUUUAUAGAAUAAUUACAAGCCUGCCGGUUUAUACGCAAAGACUGUUAGUCUUAUUGUUUGGUACAUUUCGAGUAAUCGCCUCUAAUAGCGAAAAAGCCGCCACUGGAAUGACCAGCGAAGCGCUGGGCGUUAGUGUGGCGCCCAGUUUUUUCCAUUCGUGUGUCAGUGAUGGGAAAACAGCCAGAAUGGAGGAUGUGAUGAAGUUUAAGGUUGCUUCAAAAGUGAUGAAACAUCUGAUCGAAGAGUUUGCUUCCUCGAACCUGUUUGGCAAAGACAAUUACGAGUAUUAUGCGCGAGUUACUGGCCGAGUGCUGCGAGUGCAAGGCGAGUGGAUUUGCUCCUUCCAGUAUCCUCCUACGAAGGGAAUGUUCCCGAAUGAGUACAUGGCUUUGGAACGAUAUCUACUAGCGCUGUCGCAAGGGGAAGAAUGCCAGUCGAGACCCGCUCUUCUCGAGGCCGGACUGCAGCCCCAAGUUAGCUCCUCCUCCUUGGGCAUGAUAGCCGAGCACACGCUUCUAGAAUCCUGCACCAGACUCUCCAUCUCUCUGGAACAGAAUGGGCUUUUCCAGAACAACACCUCUCAUUCUUCAAGCACCAGCCAUUCAUCGAAGUACAGUCACAAUGUCUGUUCCGGCCCGAAAAUGACUUUGGAAGAGCUCAAAGCUGUGAACACCUACGCGGAAAGCACUAGAAGUCUCAGCUACUUACCCCAGGUAGUGCACGAGCGGCAAACAGAGCGAAUGAAAACCCGAUCGCAAUGGUUUCUCGGCCCGUCUGUAGACUGCGAAAGUUGCGGCGGCUCGUUGGAUCUUCCCCUCAAUAAAGCCGACGUUUCUGUGCUUACCAAUGCGCUCCUGCGGCGGUCUUCAUCAGGGACUAUUGUGGGAGUGGCCGGAUUGUCUCUAAGCGCCGAGUCUAUCCAGAAACGACCCAGCGUAAAACGCGCCAAUUCCCGAGAUAAGCGAUACGUUCAGCGGUCCGCCAGCAGGAGAAACAAUAAGGAAAAUGGGUCUCGCUCCAGCAGUUUCAAAGGACGGAGCGAACGACGAGGGUCCAGCUCGCGCUCGAAUAGCUUCAAAAUUAAAUACGAGAACAUAUCCAGAUCGUGCAGCUUCAAGAACAAGACCGAGUUGUGCUCGUGCCCGAUCGAAACCGGGACGAAUGGGGACGAUGGUAAGUUAACCGAUCAGUUCAGGAAUUGUUUCUUGGUUGCGGCGGGCAGCAAAGAGGAUUCGCUCGGACCAGAACCGGCCAAAACCAAGGAAACAAUAUGUGUGACUCUCACGUACAAACCGCGCAUAUAAUUACGUUAAGGAAUUUGCAAGACUUACCACUACCACCUGAUUGCUGCUGCUUACCAAAUGUUGUUUGAUUUCGGUUUCGUUGAUUCGUUUCACUUAUUAGACUGAAUAUUUUUAGGUACUGUGGUUAAUUAGUGACCGUGACGAUAAUCAGUAAAAUACGCCUAUUUGGGUUUGUGGGUUUUUCGGUCAAUAGAUGGUGGCAAAAAUAAAACCCACUUUUCCACUAUAUUUAAGUCAUCCUCAGGGCUCUAUGAAGUUAGUGCCAUAUUUCCACCAAAUGUGCAGAAAGGGUACCGUUCGAGGUAGGUGUAUUUUUAGACUGUGAGAGUCUACUACACCUACCUACCUACCGACAUCGAACAUCGGCCCAUAAAAAAAAUUGUGUUUUAUUUUUGCCACCAUCUAUUGACCUAAAAACCCACAUACCUAAAUAGGCGUCUUUUACUGAUUUUUAGGUACAUUACUGAUUAUUUCAGCAGCACAUUGCUCAAACUGUUUUAUGCUGGGCGAUUCUUUGACGGGGGAUAUAACCACUAAACCGGCGGUAGAAUUUUCCUGAAUUAAUUUUCAAACUACUAUUCUACCACCAGCUUAAAAAGUGUGCACCUCCAAAGAAUCUGCUUGCAGAUGCAAGAAAAUUUGCGGGAAUUUGUUAGCGCGGGGAAACGCAUUUGAAAUGGCAGCAAUUUGUAUUAGAAAAAAAAAUGAUACGCUUAUUAAACUUAAGUGUGGCCCUUUUGUCGAACAGUUUAGAGUAUUGCGUUUUUCUCUGGUUGGUUUUUCGUUUAAGCAAAUUUAGUUCACAUUUUUGGUAUUUCAUGCAGGGUCGGCCACAAAGUUAGAUUUUCGAUUCUUUGAGCAAUUUAAUAUUCUCCCGCGGGGAAAAUGUUUGUACCGUAAACUAUUGAUGUUGGUGUGAUCUUAAACUUGUGGGUGUUUUUUUAAUUGAUCAAAUAUCACGGUACAUACCUUUACCAAGAAUUUCCAUUGUUCUCGGUAUUAUUAAGAUUAAAAUCGCGCGUACCUGGAAGACAUAAUAAAUUACGUUUGAAGCAUAGUUCUAUUAUCUUCGGCUGUAAGUUGAAUAAAUGACGAACAAGUCUUGUAAAAACCAGCUGAUGUAUGAAAGUUUUCGCAUUUAUGGACGUUUUUCUUAAUACCAACAGCUUCUGUAGAUGCUAAAACCUGUUCAUCGCCAAAUUAACUUCGAAAGACUGGCUAGGUCUGCAAAGACUAGUUUUUUCUAAAUGUAUACCAAGAGAGAGUAGAAAAGUUGUGUUCAUUAACCAAAGGUCAAACGCAAUGGAUGUAGUAAAGCAGUGUUUAGGCGUGACGAGUUGACUUCGUUUCGUAGCUUUAGCAGAAUGUGAAAUUGGAAGUCUGUCUGUACUGGUGCACCAGCAGUUUAUUAUUUCCCAUGUGCCAUAAACCAAAGCAUUCUGCUGGUGCUCAGAUUAUAUACUGUGUGUUUAAAGUUAGGUGAUUGUAUUGCAUUUACCGGAAAUUUGUCUCCUUGGAGCUCCAUGUGUAGAUAAUAGCCGAAUGUUUUCGCUGAUUUACUGUAAAUAGUAUUAAUUUUAUUAAUCGACUUAACUUAUUUUCCGUAACAUAUUUUAAUUAUUAUUAGCUUGUAAGAGAGACCAAAUUUUUUAACGAAUAUAUUGUUAAAAGUUUUGCAUUCCAAAAAACGCAUAUGCAUUUAUAUGUAUUUUAAUAAAUUUCUUUUUAACUUUUAUAAAAACAUUUACCUUGAAUAUUAUAAGGAUUAUAUAUAUUACUAUGAAGAACUAUUUUUAGGAGUUCUUUUUUUCGCCAUUUUUAAAAAAGAAUCGUAUUUGUACACAGUAUUUUCCUUUAUUGCACAAUAAUUUCGACUUCAUUAGUAGAUAUUGGGCGUAAGUAGCUUGUGGUUUAUUUAGUGCAAAAGAUCCAGGAAACGCCCUUAAAAUGCAACGUUGAGUGCAUUUCCCUGGCUGGACCGUUUUGCAAUUUUUUACGAACUAUAAGAUUGAUAACACCAAAUAUAGAGCUUAGACUUUACUCAGAGUGAUAUACGAACAGUAUUAACUUGAAGAGUAUCUGUAUCACUCUGAAGUAUACCAUUAUUGAUCGAUUGAAGAUCGGUGAAUGUGUAAUUUAAUUUAUGCGAAUUUUACAAUAAACUAUUGAAUGUAAAAUGGAUGUUAACAAAAUUUGAAAUGUAUUCUGGGCGGAAUGAGUGGUUCGCCAAAGAUGUUGUAGGUAUGUUAUUUUUGAUCUUAAACAUUUUAAUAAAGGUAUUAACGCCG